AUGGCCACUAAAGGGUCAAGCUCUUCUGCUGCUGCUGCUUCAGCUUCAGGGGAUGCAAAAAUCAAAAGGGUUCUCACACAUGGUGGUAAAUAUGCACAGUACAAUGUGUAUGGAAACUUGUUCGAGGUGUCUUCCAAGUAUGUGCCUCCUAUUCGCCCAAUUGGUAGAGGUGUUAAUGGCAUCGUCUGUGCUGCUGUUAAUUCCGAAACACACGAACAAGUUGCCAUCAAGAAGAUUGGUAACGCAUUUGACAAUAUAAUUGAUGCUAAGAGGACAUUGAGAGAAAUCAAACUCCUUCGUCACAUGGACCAUGAAAAUAUCAUUGCCAUCAAGGAUAUCAUACGACCCCCCAAAAGGGAGACCUUCAAUGAUGUGUACAUCGUUUAUGAGUUGAUGGACACUGAUCUUCAUCACAUAAUUCAUUCUGACCAACCUCUUGGUGAAGAACAUUGCCAGUAUUUCUUAUACCAGCUGUUACGGGGACUGAAAUAUGUGCACUCAGCUAAUGUUUUGCACCGUGACCUUAAGCCCAGUAAUUUACUAAUGAAUUCAAACUGCGACCUUAAAAUUGGAGACUUUGGGUUGGCAAGAACAACAACUGAAACGGAUUUCAUGACAGAGUAUGUAGUCACACGAUGGUACCGUGCCCCAGAAUUGCUCCUUAACUGUUCGGAGUACACUUCUGCAAUUGAUGUUUGGUCUGUUGGGUGCAUACUUGGUGAAAUUAUGACCAGAGAACCCUUGUUUCCUGGGAAAGACUAUGUUCACCAAUUAAGACUUAUAACGGAGUUAUUAGGUUCACCUGAUGAUGCAAGCCUCGAAUUUCUCCGAAGUGAUAAUGCCAGAAGAUACAUUAGACAGCUUCCACAAUACCGGAAGCAAAAAUUCUCAGCCAGAUUUCCUAACAUGUUGCCUGAGGCAUUGGACCUGUUAGAGAAGAUGCUUAUAUUUGAUCCAAACAAACGCAUCACAGUUGAUGAGGCACUAUGUCACCCUUAUCUCUCAUCACUCCAUAACAUCAAUGAUGAGCCAGUCUGUCCCAGGCCAUUCAGUUUUGAUUUUGAUCAGCCAACAUGCACUGAAGAGCACGUGAAGGAGCUCAUUUGGAGGGAAUCAGUGAAGUUCAAUCCAGAUCCACCCUGCCAGUAA